AUGAAUUGUAAAAUAAAGUCAGUGUGUUAUCGGCUUUUUGUGAUUAGUCAGUACUUUUUCUUCAAAAUAAUCGGAUUGUCGCCUUGGUCAAUCGACGCCUCUGAAAUAAUAACCGGAAACCAAAGAAUUGAAAUUUACAAUGUUAUAUACUGUUUUUCAUAUAUUGGAGUGUGUUAUAACAUUAUUUUCAUUCUAGUAACUUCAUCGUUAAAUAUUUACUGUUUUAACUAUAUAAUAUUGAUGAAAAUACUCGACCAAAUUUUCGGUAUAUUUCAAACCACCUUCGGAUUUUUUUCAUCAAUCUGUAUUAUUUUUAUUGUACUUAUUAUCACCGCUCGACACAAAUUAAUUAUGAAUUUCAUCAACAACCACCUGCGAAAUUUUGAUAAAAACUUAAAUACGUGCGCUGAUUAUGAAAUAAAAUACGAUUGUACCAAUGAUGUAAUCUUCGCUAGCAACUUUAUCUUCACAAGUACCAUAGCCAUAGUGAGACAAUUUUUUUCCAAAUCAAAACUAAUUGUCUUCAUAAAUCUACCAAAUUUUUUAACAACUUGGCCAUUGAUUCAUUAUACAAUCUUCAUAAAUAUAAUAAAAUUACGAUUCAAGAGUAUUAAUUCAAUGCUAUUGAAACUUGGUACCACCGAAAGUAAAAUAUCGCGAUCGCGUGAGUUAAUUCUGGAUGAUCUUGAUAGCAUCAAACGCGCAUACGCAGAACUUUGUAAAGGGUGUGAUGAAAUUGUAACUUUUUAUGAAGUUCCUACCUUGAUUGUGAUACUUAUAUUUUCGACAAAAACUAUCCGCAGUUUGUAUUAUAUGGUGAUACAAUUGAUCUCCGCUCCGAAGAUUGACUCUCUAACAUAUGUAACUGGACUUAGUUUUUUGUAUCCUAUAUAUAUAUAUCUUCAU